UGUCAGAUCAAUUGACUCCGGCUAUUGCUGCGACAGUCGCCGCCAAAAUCGCAGAAUCUUCUUUGACACCGGAAGCGUCUAGUUCCGGUACUUCUAAGAAACCGACUAAGAAUACUACUAUCGCGACAUCGGCUACCUACGCAAUUGAUAAGGCGGCUAAGUCCUCGUCAACUUCAGAAUCCCCUCGCACCAGCAUUUCUACUAAAUCGUCUAAGAAGACUUCACACAAACCUGCAAAAACUUCGUCUAAGAAGAUCAAGAGCCCAGAGUUCGUUCCUUCCGAUUGGGAUAGUAGCAACGAGGUGGAAUCCGAAGCGGACAAACCUCGAUCGAAGAAUUCUGUUGCUCCUAAACUCGAGAAGUCGUCCGCCAGUUCUGAUCCUAUCAAGAACAACGAACCCGCCAAAAAGCUCAGCGAUACUGAUAUUUUGAAAUCCAUACACAUCCAUAAGAACCUGAUCAAACCAGCUCCGUUAACUGAGAAAGAUCCGAUCGGCCUACAGAUUCCUGAGACCGCAGGACUCACUCAGUCUACUCAGCCAGACAAUCCUAGUCCGGUUCAAGUGAUCAACGUUCAGCCGGUCCAGUCCUUUCCGAAAAUUUCAGGAGACGCAGCCGUGCAAAAGAAGAUUGAAAACUAUUUCGUGCCUCAAGGAAGAACGGUUCGAUCCGAGUCUACAACUUCCUCCGCUCAACCAAGCUUAUCGUUCACUACUGAACCUUACGAGCCGGCCAGCGAGAGCGAUCUGGACAUUAUCACGGGAGCCACCGCCCAGCUCUGGUCGAAGCCCAAGAUCUCAAAGGGGCGCCUCGGGGACGAUAUUCUAGCAAGGUAUCCUCGACCUCUUCAUCCGCUUCUCCAGUCGGUGAAGCUGUAUCAGGAAUACUACCGUCAAGCGACGGAGAAGAACGACGAGGACAUGAAGGUCGUAGCGAUCUCCAAAGCUUCCGAGUUGCAGGACGAUCUGACGGACAAGAUCGACAGUCAGGACUUCAAGACUCUGUUUGGAGGUUGGGAUCCGAAAGCGGAGUGCGAGGAGUACCUUACGGGGCCGACGGGUCGCAAGUACAAGAGAAGCAAGGACAUUCCAGUGACCCCGACUCCAGACCCGGAGAUGCAGAUCGAUCCUCCGGCCGAAGUACCACCCCUCCACCAAGGGACGAGUCAACAGUACCAGCAAGGAUAUUACAGCCAGCAGGGGUACCCGUACCCGCAAGCCUAUCAACAGCAGCCUCAAGCGGGUCAGUACUUCAACCCAGCGAGUCCCUACUACCCUCAACCGGUAGCGAACACCGCUCCAGUUCCGUACCCUCACGUACCGACCAGCGAAGUCCCUCCAAACAGGACCAACCAAAACCGCAAUCGCAACAACAACCUUCGCAACCAAGCGCACAGAGCGCCAAACAAUUUCCGACCGAUGAGCGCAAACGGCCCUCGUCAGCGUACGAAUUCUCAAACAGCCAGAGAGAAUCGCCGCGUAGCUUACCAAAGGUCGAUUCAUCAAGAGAUGAUCCGACUCAGUCGCACAACCCAGGCGCAGUACCAGGCCUUGGAGGCGAUGCGCGAGCAGAGCGCCGGAUACGGGAAUCGUCGUCAACCCCAAGAGGGAGGGGCGAAUCAAAACUACUAA